AUGCUAGUCGAAGAGGUUCCUAAAUCCAUCAAUACCAAUGCAAAGACAGUAUACUUUAGCUCUUCGGUCAACCUCAGUGCUCGGCUGAGUGGAAACAGAUACGCUGACGAGAGUGGCGCCGACUCUGCCCAAAAAGGCAGGGCCAAAGUGAACUACAACCUCAACCAGCUUUUCAACGCUCAAACCCAGUCCAACUCUGCUUCCAAGGAUAAUGGCUCCUUAAAAUCUGCGCAACAGAUUCAGUUGGAGAGAUCUGUUCAGAAAAGGGUAUCUGAGUUGAACCAAGAAAGCUCUGGCAAGGGCUUUGAGUUGCCCAAAAAUUUCCAGUACACGGGCAUCCGCGCCUCGAGGGAUCCACGUCACGCAUCUCAAAAGUCAAGAUUGGGAACAACUCCUGCCACGAAAAGGAUCUUGGCUGCUCGAAGAAACUUGAAUCUGUAUUACGAAGAGGAGAGAAACCUAAUCUCGGUCAACACUAUUCUUUCACUCAACUACCAAUUUCUAGAUUACAGCGAGACCGAGGGGAAGCCACGGAAAAUGGAAAGACCAAGACCGAAAAUACGUCUUUGUUGCAUUUGUGGUUCCCAAUCUAGCUACUCACGUUGCCCCUCCUGCGGCUUGUAUUUUUGUUGCGUGAAAUGCAAUAAGUUGCAUCUUGAGCUGAGAUGUGCAUAA